CUGUAUCUCCUUUUUUCUAACAGCAAGUUCAAGAUAAAAACGUGGGAAGAUCACUGCAAUGUGAAUUGGUUGUUCUAUUUCAGGAACUAUUUCGGGCUCCGCUGUAGUCGUUUCUGUAAAACGUUGGCCGACGGAAACACUAAUUUCACCUGUUCGGAAAAUGGAGAAAAGAUUUGUCGACCAGGAUGGGCAGGAGAGAAUUGUAGCCGAAUCGAGGAGGACGGUGGUGGAAAUCUCGUCAUAUCGCGAUUGGUGGGCGGGAAACACAAGUCCCAUGUUUUUCCAUCCAUGAAGCAACACACCGGCAAGCAAAUAUUUGUUCUGAGUGGUGAUUUUUUCGUUUCUGUUUUUAAAAUGGUCUUUCGCUUUGGCGUCUGCCAUCCAUGA